AUGAGACAUUUCCCGCCCGCUUCUGACCACGCCCCCUCUUACUUGAUGUAGCUGUCGGAGGUGCCAUUCACAGGCUGACAUAAUGACGCAGCGCACGGACAUACCCCGGGACGUUGUCAUUCUUCUCCGAGAUGCGGAGUCUUUUCUAUCCACUUGUCUUCAGUAUGAAACUGUGAGCAGCAAAGCAAGAGAACUUGGAGAAGAAAUACUCCUGGAUUUCAGGACACUUCGCAAUCGGUACCCUUUGAAUUUUCUACUGAGCGAUGAUGACGCUGAUACAGAAGGGCAGGAGAAUUAUGAUGAUAAUGGUAGCCUGAGUCAUGGCACAGCGUCUGACGAGGUUUCCCUUCCCUCUGAUUACCUGAAUGAAGAAUCUCGAGAUGCAGAAGAGCCUGAAAAGAUUUUGAAACAGGGCUUCCUAGAGAAGAGGAACAGAGAUCAUGGCUUCUUUGGGUCAGAAUGGCAGAAAAGGUGGUGUGUUCUCACUAACAUAAGCUUUUGUUACUAUUCUAGCGAGAAAGAUUGUAUUGCAGGGAAAGUUCCCAAAGGUGGCUUCCUGAUAAAAGACUGUGGUGCCCAGCUGGUUUCAAGUAUCCGCAAAGACUCUCGACGAGAUUCCUGCUUUGAGCUCGUCUCUCCUGGCAAUCGCAGCUAUGAGUUCACAGCGGCCAGUCCAGGAGACGCCAGAGACUGGGUGGAACACAUACAAUUUUUGGUAAAAGAUAUCCUUUCACCCACCAUACCCUAUGAGGAUGAUGAAGAGUCUUACGAUGAUGUGGACAGCUUGAACUCCUCUCAUAUGAUACGUCCUUCACCUCUGAACAGGGCAAACAGUCCCACCGAGGAUGAUGACAUCUAUGAAGUAGUUCCAGAACUCCAUAAAACUACAGAAAAUGGCUGCUGGGGAGGUUCUUAUAUAGUAAGGGAUGAGGAAGAAGAGAAUAAAGAUCAGUCCACAUUAACAGGGGAGUCUGUAAUUAAGUAUGCAGAUUAUUACCAGGGACUCUGGAAUUGUAAGAGUGACAAGAGUGAUGAGCUGUCAUUCCAGCAUGGAGACCUUAUCCGUAUUCUAAGCAAGGAAUACAAUGCUUACGGUUGGUGGGUUGGAGAGCUGGAUGGAAUGAUUGGCAUCGUACCUAAGGAGUAUCUACAAGCCGCCUAUGACCUGAGAUGAACUGAGGUGCAGCACUUAUAAAUGAAAGCUGUUGUGACAGAAGUAUGUCUGAGCUUAAAUGUCUGCCAAAAUAAAGGAUUGCUUUGUGAACUGAGGUAUCUGCUUUCUCUCAGACAGGUCUUGAAAGUCACGGUGGUGACCACUAGAUGGCAAACUAUGAGUGUUUUACCAGUAACUAAAUCCAUCCAUGGACAGCCUACUGUGUGCCUGCUUAUGCCAACUACUGAUGCUAGAAAAAUAUCUCUGCAGAUUUCUAGAUCGUUUGACCACGAUGUUAAAAUUUUGUUCUUACACAUUAAAAUUUGUUCGAUUCCAUAUUUCGAAUUCAACUCAGCUGAAAAAUUUGACAAAAUCUUGACCGGGACCACUGUGGGAGUAGCCACUAUUAGCAAAUAUGCCCCUAUGACUAGCUUACACUUCUGCUUUCCGCUCACUAUGGAAGAUUCGACCCUCGCAUGAAAGAUGUAGAUGUUCUAACACAAACUUACAUAUAAAGGCUAAAACUAAAUCAUUCCUAGCAAACCACUGUUGCAGAUGGUACAGGAGCCCUCUUUAGAGGGAGCGCCGCAAUUAUAAUACCCAUGUUGGCUCUUCCCAGGGGUGUUGCAUGCAGAAGGAAUGUAGUGCUGAGCAUGCUGACCAUCUUAUCAUGGGCGCUGUACCAAAAAACAAAACAGCAGCUGUGGAGAGUGACAUCUGAAGCAUGACAGAAGUAUUCAGCAAAUGGGUAUAGCCGCUAUCAGACCGAAGGGAGAAGCAGUAGACAGCUGCCGAUGGCAGCAGACAUGUGGCACACUGGGAUUACACGACUGAUCUGGCCUAUAAGAGAAUAUGCAGUGACAUAUCUUAAAUCCAAACUUUUUUUUAGCUGUUUGAUU